AUGUUCAUUGUCAUCAAAGCUGACAGUAUUAGGUUCUUGAGUAUUAGCUGUGUGAUCAUCAUGAAUAAGAGGACUGUCGUGGAAAUUCCCCGCCAAUUAGGUGUGACAAAACUUUGGAGUGAGGGGCAACUCCGUUCACUGGUUUUAACCAGCCUCACCUUACAAAUUGUGCUCGUCCUCCUAGGCAGCAGGAGAAAAUAUCUACCCGGAAAGCUGCUUAGAUUCAUCCUUUCCCUAGCUUACUCACUCGCAAAUCCGAUAGCUGAGGCUUGUAUUAGCAUAAUCUCCAACUGCCAAGGAGAAGAAGAUAACCCAUCACAACAAAUACGGGCAUUUUGGGCACCAUUUCUGCUGCUACACCUUGGCGGCUCGGACACCAUCACAGCCUAUUCUUUGGAAGACCAUGAAUUGUGGACCAGACACUUGGUUGGGCUAUUCAUGCAGUCUGUAUGGGCAUUUUCCGCCUUGGGUAUGUUCUGGAAGGGCACACCACUCAAUUUUCUAACUAUCCCGAUGUUUGUGGCUGGACUGAUCAAGUAUGGGGAGAGGACUUGCUUUCUAAAGUCCAUAAGUCACCAUUAUUUUAGAAAAACCGUGAUCCCUCCUCCCGACCCAGGGCACAGUUAUGAAGGGCUCACUGGUAAGGGGCUCAGUUUUGACAUAUUAAUGGCUAAUUAUGAGUUCUAUAAAUCUAGUGGAUAUGAUCUGCACAACGUUAUAGAACCUGAGAUGAUGAAAAAACCUUCUCCAGCCCCCAGAAACGAAAUUAUCCCGGAUGCAGCCCUUUUGCAAGAGGCUAAUAAAUUUUUCCCCAAGUUGAAGCGUUUAUUUACAGAUCAUGUCCUUCUAUCGAAAGAUCUUGACGAGACAAAACGCUCCUUCCUGGUUAAAUCUUGGACAGAAGCUUUCAGAGUGAUUGAGAUUGAGCUUGGAUUUGUGCAUGACAUGCUCUAUACCAAGGCAAUGAUGGCUUCUCGUAAAUGGGGUGUCCUACGCCGCUCCAUCUGUCUAUUUUCUAUGAUCUUAACAUUCAUGUUCUUCUUGUUUAUUGACAGGCAUGAGUACUCAACUACUGACGUGAUUAUAACGUUGUGUUUGCUGGUUGGAGCAAUUGUUCUGGAGAUCUAUUCUAUUAUUCUACUGUCUUCCUCUGACUGGACCAUGUGUUGGUUGAGCGAACAAGGAAAAACACGAGUGAGUCUCAUCUGUCAAGCCAUAUCUAGUUGUCGACUACCUUUUCUAUUCCCUGCAAACAAGAGAUGGUCUGAUUCCAUGGCACAACAGAGUCUAAUAAGUUGCUGCCUCAAAAAUAUGCCUAUCAAGUUCAGUGAGAUCUGGAAGUUCUUCUGCAUUUGUCCGAAGUUGGAGGAGUGUUCUUCUAAGAAUUCAAAUGUUGUCCCCAAAUAUUUGAAAACAUUGAUCUUUAAACAGCUUCAGAAGAAAUCAAGGCGUGCCCGAGACAUUAAGGAAGUUAAGAAAGUAUGUGAUGACAGAGGUAAACGGACACUAGAAAAGAGGAAAUAUUUCUAUACACCACAUCGGAGUAUUGAGGAAGCAGAAUUCAAGAGCAUUCUCCGGAGUAUUGAGGAAGCAGAAUUCGAUGAGAGCAUUCUCCUCUGGCACCUAGCAACUGAUAUCUGCUACUAUACAGAUCUAAACAAAAAUUCAAGCAUAGAGAACUCAAACUGUAAAGCAAGCAAGCUGCUAUCGGAUUAUAUGGUGUAUCUUCUGGUCAAGCGCCCCCUUAUGCUGCCUGAUGGACUUGGACAAAACCGAUUUCAAGACAGCUGUGCUGAGGCCACUGCAGUUCUUCAACGUGGAAAGCACGUAAAAGAUAGAAUCCAAGCUUGUAAAAAGUUACUUCUAUUGAACACCGACUUUUCACCAUCAGUGAAAGCAAAUGAAAGCAUGUCAAUGUUAUUCCGUGGCUCUGCGCUGGCUAAGUCUUUGCAAUCCCUGGAGUAUGAAAGGAAAUGGAAGAUGAUAAGUCAUGUAUGGAUAGAGAUAUUAUGUUAUGCUGCAUGUCAUUGUCCACGGAAUGAACAUGCCAAGGAGCUGACGCAAGGAGGAGAGCUGCUCACUCAUGUCUGGCUUCUCAUGGCUCAUUUUGGUAUUACUAAACAUGUUCAUGUUCUAAAACCCUCUGGCAAGGUUAUGCUGGUUAAACAGGAAUGCUGA